CGGAACGCGGAUGCCAACUCGGCAGCUAUUUAAACCAAAGGUUCAAGAUUUCGUUAUCCGUUUCCACAACGGUACCAAUUCUUCGCUYUCAAAUUCCAUUCCCAUGGCGUCUUCUCCAUCCUCAAUGUUGCUUCCACUUGCUUCGGCUUCUGGGAAACACCAUGGUAUUUCCAGUGAUAAAAUACGAUCUCUAGUUGCGCGCUGCUUAAAUUCCAGUAUCACUGCCAAAGAUUUGCAGACAAAAGAGUAUGGGAAGGAAUUCARUUUGACUAGAAGAAGAGAGAUGAUUGGUUUAGUUUGUGGAGUGUCAAGUCUCGUUAUAGAUGCUCUAAACGUCAAGGCAGCUGGCUUGCCUCCGGAGGACAAGCCAAGAUUAUGUGACGAUGCCUGUGAGAAAGAACUUGAAAAUGUUCCUAUGGUCACGACUGAGUCUGGUUUGCAGUAUAAGGACAUUAAAGUUGGUGGAGGCCCUAGUCCACCUGUUGGUUUUCAGGUAGCUGCAAAUUAUGUUGCCAUGAUUCCAUCUGGACAAAUUUUUGACAGUUCACUUGAGAAGAAUCAGCUUUAUAUCUUUCGUGUUGGAUCUGGUCAGGUAAUUAAGGGACUCGAUGAAGGCAUUUUAAGCAUGAAAGCUGGUGGGAAGCGUCGACUGUACAUUCCAGGACCUCUGGCAUUCCCCAAAGGCCUGACCUCAGCUCCAGGAAGGCCAAGGGUGGCUCCAAAUAGCCCUGUGGUAUUUGAUGUGAGUCUUGAAUACAUACCAGGCCUUGAAGAAGAUGAAGAGUGAGUAGCCACAAUAUCCCCUUUUUUAACUAUCAUCCUUUUUCAAUGGAAAUGAAAACCAAGGAGAAAAUAAACCAUAAAAUGUAAAUGAUGAGAUAACAUUUGUUGUGCUAGCUUCAAUUUUUCCCCCUCCUUUCGAGUGUAAAAGUGUUCUUAAGAGCAUUUGUCGAUAAUUUGAUUCGAUGAGCAAAAUGUAAUACCAAUUGGAUUUAUAAAAAUGACUUGACUUGACUGGUUUAGAA